CUGGGGAUAUUACAGAUCAAGUUGACUGUUGACUGUGCCUGAGACUUCACAGUGUUUGAACACCCUAGCUGUCAGAUGGAGCUGCCACCUCGACCUAAACUUUUUGACUUCCAUGGAGUUUCCAUGACCAAAUGUUUCACGGACAACUGGGACAACGUGCAGAACGUCAAAGCAAGACCAGACGAUAUUCUUAUAGCUACUUACCCCAAAGCAGGAACCACCUGGGUCUCUCAGAUCCUCGAUCUUCUGUAUUUUGGUCAGACAUCCCCAGAGCGUCAGUCAUCCAUCCCUAUUCAUAUGAGAGUGCCUUUCCUUGAUCUCUGCAGGCCUUCUCAACCCACGGGAAAAGACUUGGUUGAUCAGCUCCCUACUUCUCCUCGCCUCAUCAAAUCUCAUCUUCCCGUGCAGUUUGUCCCCAAAUCCUUCUGGGAGCAGAACUGCAGGAUAGUCUAUGUGGCUCGUAAUGCCAAGGACACAGCUGUGUCCUAUUUCCACUUUGGCCGCAUGAACAUGUUUCAGCCAGAGCCAGGAGAGUGGAGCAGCUUUCUGCAGCACUUCAUACAGGGAGAAGUGGUGUUUGGAUCCUGGUAUGACCAUGUGAGAGGCUGGUGGGAGAAGAAACAGACUCAUUCCAAACUUCAUUACAUGUUCUAUGAAGAUCUUAUCGAGGACACUGGCAGAGAGAUAGACCGUCUCUGCUCCUUUCUUGGCUUGUCUCCAUCUGCUGAGGAGAGGGAAAGAAUCAGAGGGGCAGUGCAGUUUGACAACAUGAAAAAAAAUAAAAUGACCAACUAUUCUACCGUCCCAAGCAUGGACCUUAAGGUUUCUUCCUUCAUCAGAAAAGGAAAGGUUGGUGACUGGAAGAACCAUUUCACUGUGGCUCAGAGUGAACAGUUUGACGAAGACUACAAGAAAAAGAUGAAGAACACCACACUGCAGUUCCGCACUGAAAUUUAGACAGGCCUGGCCGGGGUGUGCACGGUGCAUGAUGAUGGCCAGAACCAGAGACUGUCAGUGCAAUUGAUGGCUAACAGAGAAACUGUAAAAGCACUACAGAGCCCCAUGGAGGGUUUUCCAAAAACUUCAAAGUUUUAAGAUAACAAGGCAAAAUAACUUGCAUUUGUUUAAAAAGAAUUCUUGCUUUCUUACUUUUUCUCCAAAUUGCAUAGAGAGGCUGCUCAACUUCUAUUGCAAAUUACAUUUAAUUCAUGAACAAUUCAGCCUGUGCGCUCCCUAGAGGUCACAUCCCAGGAUUGUACAAGUCAAACAAUCUUGUUAUCUUUUUGUAUUAUUCUAAAAUUUCCAUCUGGUGAGUAAUUUUAAUUAGGCGUAAUUUUCCAAAUAUAAGGCUUACUAUCCAGGUGUGUGUCUGUAAGAAAUCAUUUUAGAGAAGUGUCUGGUAACAUUACCAACCCUAAAGGACUGGCCAGGAGACGACCAUAACUGGUCCAGGAGUUAAAAAUUAAUGAAACACAUGAACUCAGUGGACAGAAAUGUUAAGUUCCCUUGGAAAGAUAUGACUGACAACAAAGUGGCUUCUUAGGACUGUGCUCUUCUGAGAAUUUUGUAACUGAUAUUUGACAGGGCUGAAAAAAAUCAAAUAGAAUUUGUAACAAGAUACUUUAGAGUGGAGGAAUUUUGUAUUUCCAGGAUACUCAAAAUACUUUCCCAAUGAUUAAUAAAAUAUUUUAAAAAAUCAUGUAAAUACAUCAUAAAAUGAACAAUUGUGAACAUUGUGAAACAACUCUUGAGAAGGGAGGCCUUUUGGAUAAAUCAGCUGUCCACUAUUGAACCCUGGGACAUAAAUGAAUCACAGGACUUGAGUUGUUUCCUAUAGACCCACCUGUAGGUUUCUUAUGAUUGGUGUUUUUGCCAUGGUAUCUGCCUACUUGUCUUUUUGUCUGCAUGUAUAAUUUGCGAUGUCGUGGAAUUUUGAACUAUGGUGUGUAGACAGUGUAUUUCUCUAUUAUAUUAAUUGCUCUUGUAUAGCCUAUGUUGUAAUAUUGUGUGUUGAUUGACUCCAUUGGAUUUUGGUGUUUAAACACAACACUUUUAUUAUGGUGUGCAGAUGGUAUAUAUGUAUUUCUAUGACUAAUUGCUCAUCUUAGGCCUGUUAGGAUGUUUGUGAUGACUUUGUGUAAUAAGCUUAAG